AGUGUUUUACGACAUAUGCCAUAAGUGAAAAAUAUGGAAGACGAAGCCCCUGUUAUUUAUGGACUUGAAUUUCCAGCAAGGGCAUUAUGUGCCCAGGCGGCAGAAGCAGACCAAAUACGGUUUCUAGUUGGCACGCAGUCACUACGACAAGAAAAUCAGGUUCAUCACAUUGACUUUGAUGAUGAGAACAAUGUUAUCAAUAAGAACGUUUUCACGCACAGAGAGGGUGAGAUAUGGCACAUGAGCGCAUCAACACUAGAUAAGAGUCAUCUUGCUACAUGCUACAACAAAACUUCAGAAAGCAGGGCGGAGAUGAAAGCAGCCAUAUGGAAACUGCCGUCUGAUUUUGACGACAUUUCAACAGAAGAUCAGUCUUCCAUGCAGCCUUUACAGCUCGUCUGCCGUCUUGAGGCGAAUGACCUUGGGGAUAUAAAAAGUGUAAUGUGGCAUCCAACUGGAGAUGGUUGCACCAUUGUUGGGCUUGCAGAUUCGCACAUUGUCCUCUGGGAUAUAGACACCAACGGCAGCUCAGCCAAGAUGUCCAGCUCAGCAGGCCUUGAGGCCAAGGGUCAACCAAGGAUGACAUGCUGUAGUUGGGACCCUCAUCACAACUGUGUUCAGAUUGCAACAGCCAACGAUACAUGCAUCCGGGGCUGGGAUAUACGCAACAUGCAACAGACCUAUGUAAUAGACAAUGCCCAUGGGCAGCUGGUACGUGAUCUAGACUUCAAUCCAAAUAAGCAGUACUACUUAUUGAGCUGUGGGGAUGACUGCAAGGUCAAAUUCUGGGAUGUCAGAAAUGUUACUGAGCCAUUGAAAGUCCUGUCAGAUCAUUCCCAUUGGGCACGGCUUAAAUUAAGAUGCUUCCAUUGUCCGAAUUGCCAUGUGUUCAUUGUCCAAGGGUGUGGUCAGUUCGUUACAACCGGUUCCACGACCAGCUCAUCCUCUCCUCGAGCAGUGACAGUCGCGUGGUCCUCAACAACAUCGUCUCGCUGUCCUCAGAACCGUACGGGAAUCUCGUGGAACGUGACGAUGAGGAUAAUGAUGAUACGGAGGGAUCAAAUCCCCAGGAAGACGGGGUUAUUGCGACUUACGAAGAACACGAGGACAGUGUAUACACAGUGGACUGGUCCACGGCUGACCCUUGGGUGUUUGCUUCUCUAAGUUAUGAUGGCAGACUGGUUAUCAACAGAGUGCCACGCGCAGAGAAAUACAAGAUAUUGUUAUAAAGGAAACAAGUUUGGUUGGCCUGUGUAAAUCGUGAAAAUGUUUGUUUGUGUAGAGUGCAUUGAUGUUGGUCUGCAUGUUUUAAAGGCUCGGAAAAGGUGACAAAUCCAAUUAUUAUGCAUAUAAACUGGUCUAAUUUAUACCGAAUUUCAGUUCUCUUGCAUAAAAAAUGAUAAUAACGCAGCUUAGGUAAAACGUCAAGAAUUAUGGAAGAUAUACCCGUUUCAUUAUUUGAAGAAAUGUAUACAACUUUGCAAUUUCUGUACAUUUUCGCUAUCUCCGAUGCUCCUUAGUUUCUUUCAUAAAGUACGCAUAUAUUGAUGACGUAGUACAAACUUCUAGCGAGAGUAUACAUUUUCUCUUUGAACUUGACUCCAUUUUUGUUUUGAAUGUCUGGCCUCUUCACUCUUGACAUGCUCACAUGAUACACAAUGUCUUGUGCCGACUAACACAAUGUCUUGUGCCGACUAAUAAAAAAUUGAAAACCGCUCAAAAUCGCUCGGCAUGAUUGAGUUAACAGCGAUGUAAAUAAACUGAUUGUUUGUAAACACAAUAGACUUGGAGGACACUGUAUUUUAAGCUCAAAAACAAGUUGUAUUGCUCAUUUUGUAUGGUAAUUUCCUAUAGCAUAUAUAUAUAUAUAUAUAUAUAUAUAUAUAUAUAUUAUUUUUUGAUAACCUUUAUUAAGAAAUAUGCAACAAAUAUUUAAAAAGUGGUAAUAAUUAUGGAUCGUCACCUUUUAUAGGCCUUUAAUGUUGAAUUUUAGACUUGAGGUAAACAUUGAUCUUGGAGGUUAUAUUGCUUUUAUUUGCAUUAAGUUAAGUUUUGAUUCUGAGAGAAUUGAUUUUGCUAUUGUUUGCUAUAUUGUUGAUUCAUGGAAUAGGGGGGUGUGCAAUACAAACAAAUGUUUACUUUAUCUUGCUAUGAGUUGAACCAUUUACUGUCAGAUGAGCAUUGUGAAGUUUGUUUUUGAAUUUCUCAAAAAAGUGCAUCCAUUUAAUUUGAAAUACACCUGUAAAUAAAAAUAAAGGUGAUUACAAUUAAUAUGUCUAUUAAGAACUUGUUAUUAAAGCAUAUUCAUUCAUAUUAUGCAUUGUUAUGCCUUCAUCUUUGUUAUGUAGCAACUAGUGUGCAUUUUGCGAGAAUAAUUUAACAUUCCUUAAAAUAUAAUGCGUAUUUUUACUAUAGGUAUGUGUUGGAAAAUAAAAUAUAACACUGUUA